AUGAAGCUAAAAGAGAUCGAUCGCACUGCAAUGCAGACUUGGAGCCCCUCUCAACAGCAUCCUAUAUAUCUCGCAACGGGAACUUCUGCUCAGCAGCUAGAUGCCACUUUUAGCACAAAUGCCUCUUUGGAGAUCCUUUGAACUAGAUUUGGAUGACCCUUCACUGGACAUGAAAUCAUGUGCUACAUUUGCAUCUUCUCACAGGUAUCAUAAGCUAAUUUGGGGACCGCACAGGAUAAAAUCAGAUUGCAGUAUUUCAGGAGUUAUUAUCGCUGGAGGAGAAAAUGGAAAUGUAAUUCUUUACGACCCAGCUCAAAUUAUGGCUGGUGAUGACGAUGUGGUGAUUGCACAGCAAGAUAAACAUACAGGACCAGUCAGAGCGUUGGAUGUAAACCCCUUUCAGACAAACCUUGUAGCAUCGGGUGCCAAUGAAUCUGAAAUCUACAUUUGGGAUUUGAAUAACUUUGCUGUUCCUAUGACACCAGGAGCUAAAAGUCAGCCUCCAGAAGACAUAGGUUGUAUCGCAUGGAACAGACAAGUUCAGCAUAUUCUGGCUUCUACAAGCCCCAGUGGUCGGGCCACUGUGUGGGAUCUCAGGAAGAAUGAACCAAUUUUAAAAGUCAGCGACCACAGCAACAGGAUGCAUUGUUCUGGCAUGGCAUGGAACCCUGAUGUUGCUACUCAAAUGAUUUUAUCAUCAGAGGACGACCGGCUACCUGUCAUUCAAAUGUGGGAUCUCAGAUUUGCUUCUUCUCCAUUAAGGGUGAUGGAAAAUCAUACAAGGGGCAUUUUGGCUAUUGCUUGGAGUGUAGCAGACCCAGAACUGUUGCUGAGCUCUGGAAAGGAUUCAAAAAUACUUUGCUCGGAUCCUAAUACCGGGGAGAUUUUAUAUGAACUGCCAACAAAUACUCAGUGGUGUUUCGAUAUCCAGUGGUGUCCCCGUAACCCAGCUGUGCUCUCUGCUGCUUCUUUUGAUGGCCGCAUUAGUGUUUAUUCCAUUAUGGGUGGAAGCAAUGACAAUCUGAGCCAGAAGCAGGUAGAUAAGCUUUCUUCAUCAUUUGGAAACUUGGAUCCAUUUGGCACAGGGCAGCCUCUUCCUCCUUUGCAGCUCCCUCAGCAGACCACUCAGCAAAGUACUGUGCUGCCUUUAAAGAAACCUCCUAAGUGGCUGCGCCGGCCUGUCGGAGCUUCAUUUUCUUUUGGUGGUAAGCUGGUAACGUUUGAGGCAGAGAAAACUCAGCCAACGCAACAGCAUCCACAAGCUCAACACUUCAAUGUCUAUGUCAGUCAGGUGGUGACAGAACAGGAGUUCCUCAGCCGCUCUAACAAGUUACAGGAUGUGGUCAGUACUGGUGCCUUUCUAGAGUACUGCCAAAGAAGAUCGAUGAAGCCAAAAAUGCCUUUGAAAAAAAUGUGUGGUCCUUCCUAAAGGUGAACUUUGAGGAUGAUUCCCGUGGCAAGUACUUGGAACUUUUGGGAUUCAGAAAGGAAGAUCUUGGAGCAAAGAUUGCUUCAGUUCUAAGCAACACAGAUGGAGCACAAGAGGCUGAGAGAAACUCUGACCAGGCUGUAGAGAGUGAUGAGGAAGGAAGUGAACCUACUGAAGAGCUGAGCCUGGGGGAGAAUCUCAGUGUCAGUAAAGCAGAUGUUGGGGACACCAUUCCAUCUGGUGAGACCUUCAGUAUAUCCGUGAGCGGAGAUGUGGAUGGACUCAUCACUCAAGCUCUGUUAACCGGUAACUUUGAAAGUGCAGUUGACCUCUGCCUGCACGAUAACCGCAUGGCAGAUGCUAUAAUACUGGCUAUUGCUGGUGGCCCUGAUCUGCUAGCUAAAACACAAAAGAAGUACUUUGCCAGAACACAAAGCAAAAUAACUAGGCUGAUAACUGCUGUAGUUACUAAGAACUGGAGUGAUAUUGUGCAGUCGUGUGAUCUCAAAAACUGGAGAGAGGCUUUGGCUGCAGUGUUGACCUAUGCGAGACCUGAAGAAUUUGUCUUUUUAUGUGAUCUUUUGGGCUCUCGACUUGAGAGUUUUUUGAAAGAGGGUGAUGUUUCUCUCCAAGCACAAGCUUGUCUGUGCUACAUAUGUGCUGGAAAUGUAGAGAAACUUGUCACCUGCUGGACCAGGGCCCAAGAUGGUGCAAGUCCCCUUUCUCUGCAGGAUCUUAUAGAAAAAGUGGUCAUCCUACGCAAAUCUGUGCAAAUCAUGCAGGCUGUGGACACGCAAGAUGUUGGCGUUCUGCUGGCAGAGAAGAUGAGUCAGUAUGCCAACCUGCUAGCAGCUCAAGGCAGCCUUGCUGCUGCUAUUGCAUUCUUACCCAACAAUACAAACCAGCUAAAUAUUGUGCAGUUACGGGACAGACUGGCACGAGCACAAGGGGAAGGUGGCACAACCACCCCUGGAAAUGUUGCAUCUCACGGAGGACCAGCUACAUUACCACAUCGCCUGACAACAAAUACAAAACAUACAGCUGACAACCAGUACUACCCACAGAGAGAAAGUGUUCCACAGCCUGGAUUUAAUCUGCCAGGAAUCAUGUAUCCAUCUCAACCAACACCUGCAGGACCCCCUCCAGAUUCGAACAUCAAUCCAUACAACAUGGGCUCACAAAUGGGACCACGGCAACCCUAUCCACAGACCUAUCCUCAGCCACAGCACUAUUCCUUUAAUCGUGGGGGACAAGCUCUCUAUCAGCCCCAGCAACCUGCCUCGAUCCAGUCUGCUUCUCCCUACCAUAGUUCUCCUUACAGCUCAUCUUCUCACUCUACUCCUCAGCUCCCCUAUCCUGUGCAGCCUCAGCCCUCUCAAGUGUCAUCUUCUCCUUCUCCUUCUUUUCAUACUUCUGGAGCAUCCUUCCAGCAUGGCGGACCUGGGGCUCCAGCUGUCAAUGCACCUUAUGCAAUGCCUCCUCCUGGACCUACAGGGCCACUGAAUGGAUGGAAUGAUCCCCCUGCCCUGACCAAAACUGGAAAGAAAAAGGUUCUGGAUAACUACAUGCCACUUCCCCCAAUAACAGCUCCCAUUAUGAACCCCUUGGCAGACCCACGAUCUCAGCAGCAAGUUCCAGUUCCUGACACUUCAGUUCCCUAUCAACCUUCUCAGAUGCCUCGUGGCCAACCAGGAGUACAAAGCACUUUCUCUGCUGUGCCACCCCCCACUGGACAACCUGGGGUGCACUUUGAUCCUUCAAAACCUAGUACUGAGGGAGCUCCUGGUGCACCAAUUGGGAACACCAUACAGACAAUGCAUACCCUCCCCACUGAAAAGAUCACCAAGAACCCAAUCCCUGAGGAACAUCUUAUUUUGAAAACUACAUUUGAGGCUCUGAUCCAAAGAUGUUUGUCCUCUGCCAUCGACCCACAAACCAAAAGGAAGUUGGAUGAUGCAAAUAAGAGGCUGGAGUCUCUGUAUGACAAGCUCAGAGAACAAACUCUAUCCCCUGCAAUAAUUGCAGGUUUACAUAGCAUUGCCAGAAGUAUUGAGUCACGCAACUACACAGAGGGACUCAACAUCCAUACCCACAUAGUGAGCACCAGUAACUUCAGCGAGACGUCUGCCUUUAUGCCAGUACUCAAAGUAGUCCUAACCCAAGCCAAUAAGCUCGGAGUGUGA